AUGUAGUCAUCAAUAAAUAAUAUCGAAGCAAUUAAGAAAUAAUUUGGAAAUAAGUACAAAAACCCAGAGAAAUGUGGAUCAGGGACCUAUUCAGAAGUUUUUAAGUGUCAAAAUCAAAAUGGAGAAUUUGUAGCCAUUAAGGUUCGUGAGUUAUUUAAUUUUGUUUUAGGUGGUUGAUAUAUCUAGUAUAGACUCUCAUCUAGUUGAUUAUUUUAAGAAUGAAUAAGGAUUAUUAAGUAUUAAUGAUAAUUAAAAUGUUAUCAAAUUGUAUGAAUAUUAAGAAUCAGAUUAAACAUUAUUUUUUGUCUUAGAAGUCUAUUUUAUUAUUUAAUCUUUAGUAUUGUCAAAUGGAUGUAUCCUAAAUGAUGAAAAAAUAUUAUAACAAUAGGAUACCAGAGAAUAUUGUAAUUAUUAUUCUUAAAAAUAUUAUGAAUGGAUUAUAAAAUUUACAUAAAAAUAAUAUCAUUCAUAGAGAUUUGAAAUUAGAUAAUAUAGGAGUAGUGAUUAAGGAAGAGAAUCUAAUCAAACUUGCAUCAAAAUAAGAAAAUAAAUAUGACUCAAUUUUUAAAUAGGCAUCCUAUAAAUUACUUGAUUUAGGCUUUGCUAAAUAGGUGACAAAUCAAACAAAGACUUUGGUAGGAACUUUUUAUUAUAUGGGUAUAUUUAUAUUUAGAUUUAUAUUUAGCUCCUGAGGUUAUAGAUGGAAGAUUUUAUUCAUUUUAAGCAGAUAUUUAUAGUUUGGGUGUUUGUUUAUAUUAAAUGAUUACAGGAGAGCACCCCUAUAAAGGUAACAAUUAAAAGACAUAAUAUGAAAAAAUAAAGCGAUAAGAGGCCAACUAUUAAGUAAUCGAAAAUUAAUUACUUAGAAAUAUAAUUUAAUAAAUGCUUUAAUUUGAUGUUGAAAAAAGAUUCAAAUUUUAGGAAUUAUAUUAAUCAUAAUUGAUUAAAAAUUUAUAAGAAACACAACCAUCUAUUUUGGAGAUAUCCCUAACUAUGAAUACUUAAUUCUAUUUAAUAAAUGAAUCCAACAUAAUAUAUAAAGAAGACAUAUAAUAACAAAAUUAAUAAAUAGAUCAUCAAAUCCAAAAUCAUAGAUAAUCUUUUGAAAACUCUUAAAUAAACAGUUAAACUUAAGAAUUUUAAAUUAUUGAGACUAAGGAAUUUUCCGUGAUUGAAGAUCCAUAAUAAUAAAAAAAGUUUUAAAUUGGUAAAUCUUAAUUCCCAUUUGAAUCAAAUUAAGACAUAAUCUUUUAAAAAGAAAUUACAAGAUGGAAAAAAUAGAAGAAUAUUUGUAUGUUAAUAUAAAGGCUAUGUAAAAAAUUACAAAUUUUCAUUCAAAAAAUUCCUUCAGAUGUGAAUUACUCUUCAUUUGAGGGUGAAUUUACUUAUUAUUUAAAAUAUUACUGUAAAUUAUCUGAAAAAUUGCUUAAAGAAUUGUAGGUAGAAGUUAAUUCUAAAAAUCAUUAUUAAACAAUUCAAGAGUAUUAAAUUUUUAAAGAUUCAUUAAAAAAUAUUUAAUUGAUUAAUUUAUAAGGCAUGCAAUCAAAUUUAUUCAGCAAUCUGAUAUAUACUUCGAGAACAUAUUUUAAUAGGGUCAACUCUAUAUUUGAGAUUAAAGAUGAUAAUACAUUAGACAACUAAAAAAAUUUUUUAUAAACGAAUAAUAAAAUUAUCUUCUAAUAAAUCAGAAAGAUAUCAGAGAAUCUAUAUUAUAAAGAAGGCCAAGCAAUGCAUUAAUUUACUCAAGUUUAAUGUCUUAUAUAUUUAAUUCUGGUUGACUUAGCAAUACUUUAUGCUGAGUAUUUAAAUGGUAAUACAAUAUUAGAUGAUACUUAAAUCAUUGAAUUAAAACCUGAAGACUUUUAAAACAAUCCUGAUCAUAUAUGUUCUUUCCUUUUUGAUAUUAUGGAACAAAAUAAACUUUCAUUUACGGAUAUUUAGUGAA